AUGUCCCACCACCAUCCGCACCGAGGAGAGCAGCGUCGCCCCGUGGCGAACCUGACAGUGCUCUCACGCGUCCUCCACACUCCCAGCACUCCGCGCAGCACCCGAGUUACCAAGUCCACUCCCUCUGGCACUACAUCCGGCAACCCCUCACCAUUCUGUACCAAUGCUAUGGGCCGCAAUGUCGUCAGCUUCGGCACUGCCAUGGCGAGUCCCGUCAUCGUGGCAUUUUAA